CUUUCAUUGAGCUGCGUACUAGGACUGAGGAAGGUGGAAGAACUCGCCUGGCUACUUUCCUGCUCGCGGUUUCCACAGUCUGUUGUCGGCCGGCGCUGGAAGUGGUAGUUCUGUUUGUGUGCGCGAGAUAGGCAGUGGGGGGAGGUCUGAUGGGGCUUGAUUCCGUGAAACUUCCGUCCCCAGACGCGUGUCGUUACCGUAAAUCUGUUUCUAAAUUCCGAUGUUAACACCUGGACCGCGUUCGUUACAUUAGUUUUCCGUUUCACGCCAGAAACUCGUCGACAGAUAAAAUCGAAUCGUUACCACACACCGGAUUUGUGUCUUUUACCAGCAGAAAAAGUGUAUUUUGCGUUGGCUUGUACAUUUAUUUCGUGGUGCCGUACGUGUGUUAUAUCUUUGCCUUCAAAGAGAAUUUCUUCAUCAAGUGUCCAGUGGAUGUCAGAGCAGGUGUGUCUCCUAUUAUCUACUCCACCGUCGCAGUGACUGAGUGAGUGAGGCCUCUACCCUUACAGCAGGGCACAGCACAGGGUUUUCCGUGCCGCUAGUUGGACAUUAACAGGUUGUGGCAGGGUUCAGAUGGGAGCUGCCGAAGGGGCUUUCCCGCGCCACGGCGCGAGAUUGAUGGACGCCGACGCCAAUAUGAACUGCACCAAACGACGACCAGAAGAGGCGAGGAGUGACGUUGUGGCGGCAGCAGCAGCAGCAGCUGAGACGCCAAAGGAAGGCGAGGACACUGGGCGGACGCGUGACUACGUCGCGACGUGGCGCUGGCCGGACCUCGCAGUUCAGCUGUUUAUUCACGUCGGCUGCCUGUACGGGUUCUACCUCAUAUUAACGUCUGUCAGGCUCCUCACGACGAUAUGGGCUUUCGUUGUGGUGUACGCAUCGGGGAUCGGGAUCACGGCGGGGGCGCACAGGCUGUGGUCGCAUCGCGCGUACAAGGCGAAGUGGCCGCUUCGGCUCCUACUCGUCACACUCUUCACGGUCUCAGGCCAGCGCCACGUGUACCAGUGGGCCCUGGACCACCGGGUGCACCACAAAUACAGUGAGACGGACGCAGACCCGCAUGAUGCUCGUCGGGGUUUCCUGUUCUCCCACGUCGGCUGGCUGGUGCUUACGCCACACCCUGAGGUCGAGGAGAAGAGGAAGUUCGUGGACAUGAGCGAUCUGGAGGCCGACCCCAUCGUCAUGUGGCAGAAGAGGCUGUAUGUGCCACUGUUUGCCAUCUUUGUAAUAGCCAUCCCCGUGCUGGUGCCGUGGUACUUCUGGGACGAAGGUCUGUGGCAGUCGUUCUGGGUUCUGUUCAACUGCCGCUUCUGUGUCACCCUCAACAUCGCCUUCUUCGUGAAUAGCAUCGCCCACAUGUGGGGAAAUCGACCCUACGACAAAAACAUCAGCCCCGUGGAGAAUUUCGCAGUCUCGAUGGCAGCUUUGGGCGAGGGCUGGCACAACUACCACCACGUGUUCCCUUACGACUACAAGACGGCUGAGCUGGGCCAUUAUUCGCUGAACCUCACCACCGCCUUCAUCGACUUCUUCGCGUGGUUGGGCUGGGCCUACGACUGCAAGACGGUCUCGGAGGAGAUGAUCCGGCGCCGCGUCCACCGUUCCGGCGAUGGCAGCCACCGCCUUUGGGGCUGGGGUGACAAGGAUAUCCCAGAGGAGGAUUUGCGUGACCUGGAGUCUGUCAUUCCAUCCAAGGAUCAGUAGCAGGAGGGCUCGGAUCGAUCACGGUGGUAAUGCGGUUUUCUGCGACUGUUUGUUGUCUUGUGGAAUCUUUAAUUUUUGUAAACAUGUACCAAAUUUUAUAAACAGUUACAUCUUUGUUACAAUGAGAGAUUUAUUUAUAACAGUCAUUUAGUGUUGUCAUGGGAGUACUUCUUCUGGGUACCUAGCACCAUGGCAUAGUGAUGAACAUUCCGUGUACAUAUUUUUGGAGGUUCCAGAUUCACUUCUUGGUCCAGAUUAUAAGGUUUGUUAAGUUUUAUUUGGCCUCUCAAAGCUAAUGCUGCUGUUGUACGUUCAACUAGUCCUCAACCUCCGUCCAGUUAAUUGUUCGCAGUCACACGGCCAUUCAGUGCCACAAGUGUUGUUAAAUUCUUACUAUUCCGUGUUGUUAUUUGUAUAUCCGCGCAUUCUGAUCUAGAAGAUGAAUUAAAUUAAAAGAAGUGAGCAAAGAAGCAAUAAAAACCAAAAGGAAGAUUUAAUGUCUGAGUGCAGUUUUUUUAACAUUAUUUUGGACGUAAGAUUUGAGGUUUUAACGGCGGUGAGUAUGAAGAUCUCCUGUGAUCUGUUCCGCUGUCUAAUGAAAUGGGAUGGUCGUGUCUGAUAUGUCUGACAAACCCAGCACUUUUUUUCUUCUUCAAAGACAUGAAACCAGGAUCAAAAAUUUCAUAUAUAAAAUUCCCGAUAAUAUACAGUAUACAAAAAUCACUAACAUGACAGUCUCACGUUUUUACAGCGGAUCCCUCAUGAGCUUUAACCGUCUUGGCACACAUCGACAUCUGUAUGGAACGGAAACCUCACUACUUAGUCAUUUUACUAAUCGAGCUACCGUGCCUCAUAUAAAAUAAGCCAUCGAGAGUGGUACCCAGGUUUUGUACAUUCACCAUCAGACAGUUUAGCUCAGUUACGGAAAAUGACACCGACGAGCGGAUUUCAAUCGAUGUAAUUUUAUCCAUUAAUGGAUGUGCAGGUUUUGCCAGUGUUA